UGUAACUUCAUGGAGGAGAAACUUAAAACCAACAACCUGAAAUCUGGACAGCACUCAGUCCGGAAUCUCGGUACAUCAGUGAACGGUCGUCAUAUUCAAGAUUGACAAACAACAGCGAGGAAGAUGUACAGACUAAGAAAGAAAGGCAAAAAAGACGCAGUAAUUCUCAUGCUUUUAUUAUUUCUUUCUCUAAAUCCAUGCAGGAACAGUGCCAGCUCUACCUUUCAUGAUCUUGGUAUCCUGGAUAAUAUGUUGAAAAACUACGACAGGCGGGCCCUUCCAACAAGUCAUUUGGGUAGUCCUACAGUGGUCUCCUGUGAAAUUUAUAUACGGAGUUUUGGAUCGAUUAAUCCAGAGACUAUGGACUACGAGGUAGAUUUAUACCUGAGACAGAAAUGGCUGGAUGAAAGAUUACGGAAGCCAAAUCUCUCAAAACCACUAGAUCUCAACGAUCCUACGCUGGUAAAGCGGAUUUGGAAACCUGAGGUGUUUUUCGCCAACGCAAAAAUUGCAGAGUUUCAGUAUGUUACCGUUCCCAACGUAUUAGUUCGUAUCAACCCGUCAGGAGAAAUACUCUACAUGCUUAGGUUGAAACUGACAUUCUCCUGCAUGAUGGAUCUCUAUCGAUAUCCUCUAGAUUCUCAAGUUUGUACUAUUGAACUGGCAUCCUUCUCCAAGACAACUAAGGAGUUAGACCUAACCUGGUCCGAGGAGAAUCCUCUCAACCUUUAUGAGGAUCUGAAACUCCCUCAGUUUGAGAUAAUUGGAAAGAAUACGUCAGAAUGCAACGAGAGAUUUCAUAUUGGAGAGUACAGCUGCUUGAAAGCCGAGUUCUAUCUUCAUAGGUCAAUCGGCUAUCAUUUAGUUCAAUCAUAUCUUCCCACAGUCCUGAUUGUUGUGAUAUCCUGGGUAUCGUUUUGGCUAAAUGUCGAGGCCAUACCGGCCAGAAUCACACUGGGAGUAACAACACUGUUAACCAUCUCCUCUAAAGGUUCUGGGAUCCAGAAUAACUUGCCACCUGUCUCUUAUGUCAAGGCUAUGGACGUUUGGAUGGGCGCAUGUACCACUUUUGUUUUUGCUGCUCUUUUGGAGUUCAUCAUUGUCAACUAUCUUUGGAGAAAACGUGCAAAACCUGUUCCUGUCGUUGCUUCAGAUGCAAGUCAGAUAUCACUGAAGCUGAUUUCUAAUUCUAAAGAAUGGAAUGGAAGCAUGAAGGUUUCAAAGAAAAAUGAAUUGGCUAUGAACAAGGAAUUUGAUGUAGUUAGUAUGUGUGUGUAA